AUGGACGGCCUCGAAAUAACCCCUUUCAUAAUAUCCCUCCCCAAAGUCGAACUGCAUGUCCACAUCCAAGGCACCCUAACACCAGCCCUCCGAUGGAAGCUCGCUCACAAAAAUAACAUCCCUCUUCGAUACCCCACAUACGAAGCGCUGGUUGACUCAUACAAGAUCACGUACAAUCACCGUCGCGAGCUCAAUGGCGACAAUGGUGCCCCCACCUUCCUAGAAACCUAUUACGAGGGCUGCCAAGUCCUCUGCACAGAAGAUGAUUUCUACGAGCUUGCCAUGACAUAUUUCGAAAAGGCAAAAGACAUGAACGUGCGCUACGUUGAGCCGUUCUUUGACACUCAGGCUCAUACUAAACGAGGUAUUCCCGUUGAAGCUAUCUUGAAUGGGUUUCUCCGUGCUCAGCAUGAUGGAGCCAGAGAACUCGGAGUGAAGAGUAACUGGAUCUUCUGCUUCCUGCGUGACCAUCCGGUCGAGGAAGGACUGAAGGCGCUUCACUCGGCGCUGCCUUGGGCUCAAACGAAAGAUGGAAAUGGAAAGGGGUUAUUCCAUGCGGUCGGACUGGCGAGUAAUGAGUAUGAUCGACCUCCAGGACUCUUUGAAGAGGGGUUUCUGUUGGCCAAAGAGGCUGGUUUGCAUGUUACCAUGCACUGUGAUGUGGACCAGAAGGAUGUGGUGGAGCAUAUGCGCGAGGGCAUUUUCAAUGUCUGUGGUGGUUCUGGAGCGGAGCGGAUUGACCAUGGUCUCAAUGCUAUCGAUUCUCCGGAGUUGAUAGCUGCGUUGAAAGAGAAAAACAUCGGCCUCACACUUUGUCCGCAUGCAUACCAUCGCAGACAGGCGACGGAGGUACUUUUUCCUAAGAUCAGGAAGCUAUGGGAUGAGGGUGUCCAGUUUUGUAUUAAUAGUGAUGAUCCGACUUAUAUGCAUGAUGUUUGGAUUGAUGGAAACAUGAUGAAGGUAUACAGGUAUUGCGGUUUUACUAAGUCGGAUAUGGGCAAGCUCGUUCGAAAUGCGGUUGAGAUGAGCUGGGCAGAUGAGGUUACGAAGAGGGAGAUCUUACAGGAUUUGGAAAGAGUACUGGGUAGGUAUUGA